UUUUAAAAAAGCAAAAAAACAAUCAAGAAUGCCGUUAGCUGUUGAUCUUCUCCAUCCUGACCCAGUGAAGGAACAGCAAAAACACAAACUUAAACGUCUUGUUCAACAUCCAAAUUCUUUUUUUAUGGAUGUUAAGUGUCCUGGAUGUUAUAAAAUUACGACCGUUUUUUCGCAUGCCCAAUCUGUUGUGGUCUGUGUUGGUUGUAGUACAGUGCUUUGCCAGCCUACAGGUGGAAAGGCCCGUUUAGUUGAAGGAUGCUCUUUCCGCAAAAAGGGACACUAA